CACAGAAAUAUUGACCCCCGGGCUGAGAGAGCAAGGGAAAGCAGCCAUUUGUUUGCUCCUCCUUGCUCCUAUCUGCCUUGUCGCCUUGGCUACCAACAACAACAACAAACUCAAAGGGUAAGGGUAUGCACUUUUUCACUUUUGUUUCCUCUUCUCUUGGGAGAUUGCUUGCCGCUUUCUCUCGUGGUAGCUAGAUAACAUAUGCACUUUUUCACUUCUCUCCUCUGCACUCUGAGAGGUUGCUAGCUGGUUCUUCUCUGGUGGUAGCUAACAUUUGGUGGUUCCACAUGGCCGUAGUCAGCAGAGCCCGGGCUUCUCUCCCUUCGCCGUCAUCGUCGCCGUUGCCGGCCUUCUCCCCUCGGUCGCCGCAGCCCGAGGUGGCGGAGAGGAUGUUCACGCGUGGAGGGAGCGGCCGGUCGUCGUCGUCCAGUGCCAGCGGGGCUAACAGGAGCGCCAGCCUCAGAGAGAUCGACGAAGAGGCCGCCAUCUUGCAUGAUGCUGAUGAUGAUGACGGUGGAGGGAAGCUGUAUGUCGCCGUCGGGAAGGACAUCAAGGACAGCAGGUCCAACCUCAUCUGGGCAGCUCGGAACCUCCUCGCCGGUGAUCCCAAGCUUGUCCUGCUGCACGUCCACCAGCCUGCCGACAGAAUCAUGAUAGGAUUAUGCAAGGUUCCAGCAAGCCAGGUCGAAGAAAAGGAGCUCAAAGCAUACAGAAAGAUUGAGAAGGAGGAGAUGAACACACUUUUAAACCAGUACCUCAAUUUCUGCAGAGUUUCUCUCAAGAUGCAAGCUGAAACGCUGGUGAUCGAGAAGAACAGUCCUGCAAAUGGGAUUAUUGAGCUCAUUGAUCAGAAUCGCAUUACAAAGCUUGUUAUGGGAACAUCUUCCUUCUCAGUGAAGAGGAAAGUACCAAAAUCAAAAGUUGCAGCCGGUGUGCAUGCACAGGCCAAACCAUACUGCCAGAUCUUCUAUAUUUGCAAAGAGACUCUUGCUUGCUCUAGGGAGGCCACUCAGCUUUGUGCAAAAGUAGAGUCACCCCGAAGUAGCUGCGCUAGCACUAUCUCAGAUCAACCUGAGUUAACUCCAAGAUCCCUAUCACUGCCACCAGGACAUCCAGGUCUUUUAGGCUCUACAGGCCAACAACCCCUUCCACGACGGUCCAACUCAGUCAGUUAUCCCUUGUCUGGAAUGAUAGCAGACAGUGUAGAAAACAUGUCACCUGCAAGGCGGCAGUCAAUUGAUAGUCUCUUAGGCUCUACAGAACAAAAGGCCCUGCCACGACGGUCCAACUCAGUUAGUUAUUCCUUGUCUGGAUCGAUAGCGGGCAGUGUAGAAAUCAUGUCACCUGCAAGGCGGCAGUCGAUUGAUAUGACACCAACAGGUUCCUCUCCGAGUUCCAGCCAGCAAAGCACUGGUGGGUCCUCAUUGGGUCUGAGGGAUUUGGACAGUAUGGAUGGUUCACCAGUGCCUGUUUCAGUUGCAAGCUCUGAAGAAGAACAUCAGCACUCUACGGUGGAAAUACGUGAAAUGUUUGAGCAACUGCACCGAGUCCGCAAUCAGCUAGAGCGCUCGAAAAAGGAAGGGUCUGAGGGCCGGCAGAAAGCCGAGAAGAACUUGUUUGAAUCUUCUAUGAUGUUCAAAGCACGGGAGAGUUCACUCUGCAAAGAAAAAAAGGAGGUAGAGGAAAGGCUAACAAGAGAAAAGGCUGACCUUGAAAAAGAGCACUUCCAUGUAUGCAACGAGCUGCAGAAGGUAAAUGAGCAAAGAGCAGAAUUGGAGAGCAAGCUUCUCCAGACAAAUGCCCUAAUGGAAGAGCUCCAACAGUUGCAAGCAGAGCUGCAGCGUGAGAAAGACCAUGCUGUUAAAGAAGCUGAAGAAAUGCGCCAAACAAAUGGUAACAGUGUAUUUGGCUCUACUAGUGCUGUUGCCCUAACAGAAUUCAGCUACACAGAGAUAGAAGAGGCAACGGACAACUUUGAUGACUCCAAAAAGAUUGGCAGUGGUGGGUGUGGAACCGUCUACAAGGGAUUUCUCCGUCAUACUACCGUAGCCAUAAAGAAAUUCAACCGUGAAGGCACAACAGGAGAUAAAGAGUUCAAUGACGAGGUAGAAACACUUUCUAGGAUGAGGCAUCCAAACCUUGUCACUCUGAUAGGAGUGUGCAGGGAGGCCAAAGCGUUGGUCUCCGAAUUCCUGUCGAACGGAAGCCUAGAGGACUGCCUGCAGUGCGAGCACCAAAGAGAGCCACUCUCAUGGCGAAUGCGCAUCAAAAUCGCUGCCGACAUCUGCACGGGACUUAUCUUCCUCCACUCUAACAAACCAAAAGGCAUUGCCCAUGGCGAUCUGAAGCCUGACAAUGUCCUUCUUGACACUAGCUUUGUUUGCAAACUGGCAGACUUUGGAAUCUCUCGUCCCUUGGAUCUGACAAACACCACCGUCACCCCUUACCACCGAACAAACCAAAUUAAAGGCACAAUGGGAUACAUGGAUCCAGGAUACAUCGCCUCAGGGGAGAUCACAGCUCAGUAUGAUGUCUACUCCUUUGGUGUAGUUCUGAUGCGGUUGCUGACUGGCAAGAACCCCCUAGGCCUUCCGAAUGAGGUGGAGGCAGCCUUGAGCAAUGACAUGUUGCAAGAUAUAAUUGAUACUUCUGGAGGGGAAUGGCCACCUGAGUACACUGAAGAGUUGGCAAGACUAGCACUGAGAUGUUGCCGGUAUGAACGGAAGGAGCGGCCUAAUCUUGCAAAUGAAGCCUGGGGUAUCCUGCAAGCUAUGAUGAACUGUCCAGAUGAUAAAUGCAAGCCACCAACGUUUUUCAUCUGUCCAAUGACACAGGAGAUCAUGAGGGAUCCACACAUUGCUGCCGAUGGAUUCACAUAUGAAGGUGAGGCCAUCAAGGACUGGCUUCAAAGGGGGCAUAAAAUGUCCCCCAUGACCUACCUCAGCUUCACACACCAUGAGUUAAUGCCGAACAAUGCCCUUCGUUUUGCAAUUCAAGAAUGGCAAAUGCAACAGCAACCGUGAUUUUUAACCUUCCAUUUGAUCUGCGCAGUCGUGUUAGGAAGUGAAGCAAAUGGUUUGCAAGUUUGUAUAGUCUGUAGAGAAUUCAUUUUCCCCCACUUUAGCAGUUAGCGCUUUCUCAAUGUUUGGGCCCACAAACGAGAAGUGAUGUACAUGUUUUCGGUCACAUGUUCUUGGGAUGAACUGACAUGGCAUGUAACUCUCCAAGAGAGAGUGGGUAUUCAGGUUCAUUGAAAAGUGAUGGUGUAUGGACAUUUUAAUUCCCUCUCAGUUAUGCAAAGUUGAGAGUUAGAGUCAAA